GUAAGUCUUAACGGAUAUCCCUGCUAGAUCGGUAGCUGCCGAUUGGUCAAGUUCGGUAGGAACCUGCUUUAGUCGAAACCUUCAGCGCUUGGGCCAUUUGUUUCAAGGGUCCGAAAGCUUUUAGAAACCUAGGCGAAGAGUGAAGUCGCGAUCCUGAGCUUGCGAGUACGGACACUACUACCACGUAGGCUGGACCAACAAGCUUCCUUUCCUCUAUUAACUUCUUCUUGAAUUACCUAUUCAAAUAAAUUCUUUCGUUUCUUGAAAACCUCAUUUUGAAGGCAUCCGAAGUUCCUUUCCCUCCGUCGUUCUCAGUGCUUGCUGGCCAGCAUUCGUGUCCUCAAUCAUACGAUCAAAUUAUCCGACAUCAUGAAUCAUCCUCAACCGCCGAUGCGCAACUCGUGGUUUGCGCCUCUUUCUGUCGACCUCUUCCUCAAGGUUCUCAAUGUCACGCUGCUACACCCGUUCGUCGCAUGGAUCAUUCCUCUAUGCUUCCGCGCCGAGCACCAGGCGAUGACUACGAAGCCGAUGAUAGUCAGCAUUACGUGGGCAGUGUUUGUUACUCUUUUAUGGAUGGGGAAUGUGUUAAGCCAUAAGAUCGCUUAUGGCAUGCACCGAGAGGUCGACUUGAGCGAGGAGGUCAUUGUAAUAACGGGAGGAGCCAGCGGCCUUGGCCUGUUAAUUGCUGAGGUAUACGGAAUGCGAGGUGCUACCGUUGCGGUUUUGGAUACCGCCGACCUCGAGAGUACAGAUGCCCGGGGCAUCACCUACUACAAGUGCGACGUACGUGACAAGGCCCAGAUCGCCAGAGUCGCAGCGGAGAUAGAGCGAGAUCUCGGAACCCCUACCGUCCUAAUCAACAACGCAGGUGUCGUUAUCGGCAAGAAAUUGCUUGAUAUGGAACUGGAUGAAGUCGAUAAGAGUAUCACAACGAAUCUCUUGGCACAUUUCUAUAUGAUCAAGACAUUUCUACCGGGGAUGAUUCGUAACGACACCGGUGGCACCAUUGUAACCGUCUCAAGUGUCAUUGGUCACCUCGGUGCUGCUCGACUUGCCGACUACGCCGCUGCUAAGGCGGGAGUAACAGCCUUGCACAAGUCCCUCGCUGCCGAGCUGCAAGAGUACCCCGAGAUCAAGACCAUUCUUGUUACGCCGGGUCAAUUGAGCACACCACUCUUUUACGGCGUUAAGACCCCCAACACAUUCAUCGCACCAGUGGUCGAACCUAUAGAAGUGGCUAAAGAAGUCAUCAAGGCCAUCGAUCUCGGACUUAGCGACCACAUUGGUAUGCCUCUUUACGCGCGCUGGGUUGAUUGGUACAACGUGUUACCAGUUGGUCUUCAGAAGAUCGCCCGCAAGCUGUCUGGCAUAGAUAACGGCAUGACGACGUUUGUCGGCCGAAGGGGGACGGAGUUAAGUGAGAAGAACGGAAGCUUAAUCUAGAAUACGCGACGGCUCGGUUGAGAUCGGCUUAGAGGGCUAGUUAAUGGAAUAUAUAUUCACGAUAAUGCUAUACCGCAGAUAGGAGAGCGCUGGCGUUCACAGGUCUGUGGAGAUGUAAUGUGUAAGGUAUAUGUGGUAUAGUAUAUGACAAGCUUGUACAUACGCUCCCACUUCAAACUAAUCUUCAAUGAGAUUUCCAAUCAUGCAAAGAGGUCUCCCAUUGGUGUU